AUGGGUAUUUCACGCGACAGGCGCCACAAGCACAGGCGCACUGGUGGGAGGUUUCCCAUUCACCAAAAGAAGAGAAAGUUUGAGCUCGGACGCCCGCCGGCCAUGACCAAGUUGGGGCCGAAGCGUGUCCGCCCUGUCCGCUGCAGGGGUGGAAACAUGAAAUAUCGUGCUCUUCGACUUGACACAGGCAACUACUCGUGGGCUUCGCAGAAGAUCUCGAAGAAAACUCGUCUGUUGGGUGUCGUCUACAACGCCUCCAACAACGAACUCGUCCGCACAAACACCUUGGUCAAGAACUGCAUCGUCGCCAUCGACGCCACACCCUUCAAGGCCUGGUUCCGCUCGUUCUACGGCUUGGAUUUGGGCAAGAAGAAGACCGGUCAAGAAGAGGAGACAAGCGGCAAGGUGUCGAAGCACACUCUCGCGCUGCAGAAGAAGCACCAGCAGCAGGGUGUCCCCAAGCUGGACCCGCUUCUUGAGGAACAGUUCAACACCGGUCGCCUCCUUGCAUGCAUCAGCUCGCGUCCGGGCCAGUCCGGCCGCGCCGACGGCUACAUCCUCGAGGGGGAGGAGUUGAUGUUCUACAAGCGUAAGAUGGACAAGAAGAAGCACAAGUAA